AUGCCCUAAAAUUCAGUUAUUCCAAAGCCACAAGCACACAAACAGUAAUACACUUCCAACAGCUCCAAAUACUUUCCAACAAAAUUGUGAAAAAUGAUGAAAAGACCGCAACUAUGCCGCCAACUGGUGGCCAGGCGAUUCCAUUUGACCAGAAAUCCCCUUUGGCAGAAGGUGCCCAUGUCCAAUUUCGAGAAGAAUGACUUUUUGCCCUACCAGAAGCUGACGGAGACUUUGCGGUGUGUCAAGUCACGACUCAAGCGACCGCUGACGCUGUCCGAGAAGGUCCUCUACUCCCACUUGGAUGAGCCAGAGACGCAGGACAUUAAGCGCGGUGAGUCAUAUCUGCGGCUGCGUCCCGAUCGUGUGGCCAUGCAGGAUGCCACCGCACAGAUGGCCCUGCUGCAGUUCAUAUCCUCGGGCCUGAAGAAGGUGGCCGUGCCCUCAACGGUGCACUGCGAUCACUUGAUUGAGGCACAGGUCUGCGGCACGGAGGAUCUGGCACGCGCCAAGGAUAUGCACAAGGAGGUGUACGACUUUCUGGGCAGCGCUUGCGCCAAGUAUGGCCUGGGCUUCUGGAAGCCCGGCAGCGGCAUUAUCCAUCAAAUCAUCUUGGAGAACUAUGCCUUCCCGGGUCUGCUGAUGAUCGGAACCGACUCGCACACACCCAAUGGCGGGGGCUUGGGUGGCCUGUGCAUUGGCGUGGGCGGUGCCGAUGCCGUCGAUGUGAUGGCCAACAUUCCGUGGGAGCUGAAGUGCCCCAAGGUCAUUGGCUGCCAUCUCACGGGCAAAAUCAGUGGCUGGACAUCGCCCAAGGAUGUCAUCCUGAAGAUGGCUGAAAUUCUGACAGUCAAGGGCGGCACUGGGGCCAUCAUCGAGUACCAUGGCAGUGGCGUGGAGUCCAUUUCCUGCACAGGCAUGGCCACCAUAUGCAACAUGGGCGCUGAGAUUGGCGCCACCACAUCGCUGUUUCCCUUCAAUCAGCGAAUGAUCAAAUAUCUGUGUGCCACGGGCCGCGGCGAGAUGGCGGGCUUGGCACAAAAGUUCCAAAAGGAACUGCUGACAGCAGACAAGAACUGCAAGUACGAUCAGCUGAUUGAAAUCAAUUUGGAUACGCUGGAGCCGCUGAUCAAUGGCCCCUUUACGCCGGAUCUGGCACAUCCCAUAAGCAAGUUUGGGGAGAACUCCAAAAAGAAUGGCUACCCGAUGGACAUUAAGGUUGGUUUAAUUGGCUCCUGCACCAACUCCUCGUACGAGGACAUGGGCCGCUGUGCCAACAUCGCCAAGGAUGCGCUCAGUCAUGGCCUCAAAUCGAAUAUACCCUUCAAUGUGACGCCAGGAUCCGAGCAGAUUCGUGCCACCAUCGAACGGGAUGGCAUGUUUGAGGUUUUCGAACAAUUCGGCGGCACUGUGCUGGCCAAUGCCUGUGGCCCGUGCAUCGGGCAGUGGGAUCGCAAGGAUGUGAAGAUGGGCGAGAAGAACACCAUUGUCACGUCGUACAAUCGCAACUUUACGGGCCGCAACGAUGCGAAUCCUGCCACCCAUUGCUUUGUGACCAGCCCCGAGAUGGUCACCGCUCUGUCCAUUUGCGGACGCCUCGACUUUAAUCCACUCAAAGACGAACUGGAAGGCGCUGAUGGCAAGAAAUUCAAGCUGAAGCCACCACACGGUGAGGAGCUGCCUGCCAAUGGCUUUGAUCCCGGACAGAACACAUAUACGGCGCCCCCGGCCAGCGGCGAUGAUGUCAAGGUUGCCGUCGAUCCCAAGUCUGAGCGUUUGCAGGUGCUCGCACCCUUCGAGAAGUGGGAUGGCAAGGACUAUGUGGAUCUGACGGUACUCAUUAAAAUCAAGGGGAAAUGCACCACCGAUCACAUUUCGGCAGCGGGGCCGUGGCUCAAGUAUCGCGGGCACUUGGACAACAUUUCCAAUAAUCUGUUCAUUGGCGCCGUCAAUGCGGAGAACAAUGAGAUGAACAAGCUCAAGAAUCAACGCUCGGGCGCGUAUGCCGCCGUUCCUGAUGUGGCACGCGACUACAAGGCCAACAAAUUGAAGUGGGUGGCGGUGGGCGAGGAGAACUACGGCGAGGGCUCGUCGCGGGAGCAUGCCGCAUUGGAGCCACGCCAUCUGGGCGGAGUGGCCAUCAUUGUCAAGUCGUUUGCACGCAUCCACGAGACGAAUCUCAAGAAGCAGGGCAUGCUGGCCCUGACCUUUGCCAAUGCCAGCGACUACGACAAGGUGAAGCCCGACAGCAAGAUUUCGCUGCUGAAUCUCAAGGAACUGGCCGCCGGCAAGCCCGUCGACUGUGAGAUCAAGAAUGGUGGCAGCUCCGACAAGAUUCAGUUGAAUCAUUCGUUCAACGAAUUGCAGAUCAGGUGGUUCCAGGCUGGCAGCGCUUUGAAUAUGAUGAAGGAGCUGGCCUCCGGUGGUGGUGGUGGCCAGGGCGCUGCUAAGCCCAAGCACACCAAGAAGUAAUUUUACCAAAUCGUUUUGUUAGUUAUUUUAUCAAUAGACCAGUUU